GACUUUCCUGUCACUGGCUACUACUACUCCCAGCCCUCCUCCUAGCCGCCCGAGCUACCCUCUGCUCUUGAGUUUACAAGUGGCAAUUUGACUUGCUCUGCUGCAUGUCUGGAGGGGCCGAGGAAAGUGUGGAGACGCCCCGGAGAUUAAGGGAUAGCAGCUCGAAAAGAAAAAAAGCCAAACAAACAAACAAAACCCACCCCCCCUAGCAGACAUGAGGCUGCUGGAGAGGAUGAGGAAGGAAUGGUUCAUGAUCGGGAUCGUGUUGGUCAUCGCCGCAGCUAAGCUGGAGCCGUCGGUGGGGGUGAACGGGGGACCACUGAAGCCAGAAAUAACUGUAUCGUACAUUGCUGUUGCAACAAUAUUUUUUAACAGUGGACUGUCAUUGAAAACAGAGGAGCUGACCAGUGCUUUGGUGCACAUAAAACUGCAUCUUUUUAUUCAGAUCUUUACACUUGCAUUCUUCCCAGCAACAAUAUGGCUUUUCCUUCAGCUUUUAUCAAUCACACCCAUCAAUGAAUGGCUUUUAAAGGGUUUGCAGACAGUAGGUUGCAUGCCUCCCCCUGUGUCUUCUGCAGUGAUUUUAACCAAAGCAGUUGGUGGAAAUGAGGCAGCUGCGAUAUUUAAUUCAGCCUUUGGAAGUUUUUUGGGCAUUGUUAUAACACCCUUGCUACUGCUGCUUUUUCUUGGUUCAUCCUCUUCUGUGCCUUUCACAUCCAUUUUCUCUCAGCUUUUCAUGACUGUCGUGGCCCCUCUCAUCGUUGGACAGAUUGUCCGAAGAUACAUCAAGGAUUGGCUCGAGAGGAAGAAGCCCCCUUUCGGUGCCAUCAGCAGCAGCGUGCUCCUCAUGAUCAUCUACACCACGUUCUGUGACACGUUCUCGAACCCGAACAUCGACCUGGACAAAUUCAGCCUGGUUCUCAUCCUGUUCAUAAUAUUUUCUAUUCAGCUGAGUUUUAUGCUUCUAACCUUCAUCUUUUCAACCAGGAAUAAUUCGGGCUUCACGCCAGCAGAUACAGUGGCUAUCAUUUUCUGUUCUACACACAAAUCUCUCACACUGGGAAUUCCAAUGCUGAAGAUAGUGUUUGCGGGCCAUGAGCACCUCUCUUUAAUAUCCGUCCCCUUGCUCAUCUACCACCCGGCUCAGAUCCUUCUGGGAAGUGUUUUGGUGCCAACAAUCAAGUCUUGGAUGGUGUCAAGGCAGAAGGGAGUGAAGUUGACCAGGCCAACGGUAUGAGGAGAGCAGCGCGCUCUGGCGGUGUACAUAUGUACAGGAGGGUACCUACAGAUAAUUCUGAAGACUCGUCCUUGUGAAUGUUGCUACGAUGCAUAUUUUAUUUUUUUACACAAAAAUAUGACACACCUGUUUAAGUGCCUUACAAUGUAUUUGACCAGAGUGUUACUUCCCCAGUGUACUUUGUUGGUGACUGCCAGGGGUGGUACCGUAUGUUGGAGUUCAUUUCUUGUUUUAUUUCUGAUGCAGGGAAACGGUCAUAAUAAGUGACAAAAGGCUCACAUGGUCUCCCAGUGCCCCCUUCUGUGCAAUACAGCGCUACAGUGGUAGUUACUGUAAUGUUUGAAAUGAGGUCACAGCAUCAGGAAAAUGCCUUCCUGAUGACGGUGAACGCUUCCAGAGUCUUCUCCGCACGGCCUUUGAUUUGCUGUUGAUUCCUUUCCCCUGCAACCGUGACAUGCCUCUUCCUCGUCAGCUCAGCGGGAGCCGCACAUCCAGGCGGAACAGAGCUGCGUGCUGCUUGACAUCGUGUUCUUAGACAUUCCUUCAAAUACUUUCCACACAGAAACCUCCUCAUUCCCAUUACGAGAGACGGGGGUGCUCUAGGUCUUAAAUUUAUUAUUAGCUACUUCAAAGAAAGGGCCUAAUCUUGGCGUUCUGAGUGGAGCUUUGAGGUAAGCUGCAGGAUUCGGUUGGCAGGGCUGAAGUUCCAUCUCCGUGUGUUUUGCUCUGACUCUAUUGUUCCUUUCGUACCUGUUUGCCAACCCGCUUGCACACGCAUAGCAGCCAAACACGAGACACGAAAGCAUGACAGUGAGCCCAAGAGCAGUGACAGGGCAUGGUGAGUUCUAGUCACAUUCCGCAUCUGAGACCCGCAUUUUUUUCCUGUUCCCCAAACGUGCUGAACACUUUCCAAACUGCCCCUGGUAGCCAGGAGCAGCCUGCUACAUCCUUGAAGUAGGCACUCCCAAGGCAGAGUGUUGAGGAGAAUUUCCACGGCAGAUUUCACAAAUGGUUUCACAACAUUUUAAAAAACAAAUCAUAUUGCUUUUAUGACUAAAUGAAAAUAUUCAGGUCAUCAAUACAAACAAAUAGUACAUACACACAUUCUUCUGUCUAGCCAGAUGGAAAGAAAACACAUUCACUAACUAAAAUAUCAAGGAAAAUGACUUCUCAAUAGGACGUCGGCUUUCAAAGGAGUAGCCAGGAUUUGCUUCUACUAUGACUAGAAGAACUUUAAUGGGAACCAAAUAGAGAAGAAAGCAAUAUAUAGGAUUAAGGGGACAGAUUUUCUGUGUCACCUGCACAUCACCCUGCCAUCUCCUUUCGAGUCCUUUCUUGAUGGGGAAGAGGAUACUGGCUUCCUGGGUCUCAGUGCUAUGUCCUUGGCAGCUGCCCCUGUUGUUGCCCUUGUACUCACAACAACAACCAUUCCUUAGGAAGCUCCCGAGUUUAUCAAUCGUGUAAAUGUAAAUUAUUAUCACUACCUGGUCUCAUCUUUUUUUUUUAAUUCUGAUUCCUUUCAAUGUCACUGAACCUCAUAAAUUUCCUGAGAAUUAUGUUCGAUGUAAAUGUCAAGGCCAAUGCCAGAUCUGGGAGAAAUCAAUGCUCAACAAGCCGUGGACUACACUGUUACCAAGAGUUGCACUUAGGUCUGAAACUUCAGUAAUUUUGCUCGGUAUUUGUGAUGCUUGCCUACAGAGAAGAGAAAGCUGUUCAGGUUUUGCUCCUACAAGCGUCUGAGUUUUGGAGUGACAGGGAAUGUGUACCUGCCCACCCGCCCACCUGUCUGAGCUAUCAUAAAAUGUUUGCCUAGCAUUUGAAUAUUGAUUCCCUCCCCAACUUAACUACCUCUAUUGUCUGACACCUAGUAGGUGUGAUUAUGGAAUAAAAUUCAAGUGAAAAAAUGCUAUAACAUUUUAUCUUUUGCUUUAAAAAAUGUGUUUUGUAUUCAAAUAUUCUUUACACAGUGAGUUUUGGUGGCUUUAGUGAUAUGUUUACACAUUCUUUGUUAUACAAAUGCUGUGACAUAUUUUUCCAUAAAAGAAACAAAAAGUAAGGUCAAAAUUUAUUUUUAAUUUAUGCUUAUUGGGAUUUAAUUAUUCCAAACUUAAACUAUUUUGUUUAUACACCGUCAAACCAUCUGUUUUAUGCCUUCAUUUUGUCUAACUGUAUUUAUAAGGAAAAUACAUCAGAUAAUGUUUACUCGCUUCUCCACCUGGAUUUUUUUAAUGGUUGUCAGAAAAUUUGAUUUUUUUGAGGGAGUGAUAAUGUUUAGCUUUUCAUGUGCUCUUUGUUGUAAAUUUUUUGUGUUUUUUUUUUAAAGUGCUUCCCUCUUCUGUUAAAAAUAACACACCUCUGGCUAAUGUUCAGUGUUUGUUUAUGCUAAAUACCAAAUUUUUUCAAAAGGACUAGUUAAGUAAGAAAGUGGAUUAUUUAUGAUGAAUGGAAGAUGAAAAUAAUUCUAUGAUUAAACAAAGAGA